AUGGAAAACGGAGCAACUUCAAAGAGGAAAAGACUGGUAAAAAAGUAUCAAGCUCAUGCAAAAGUUAAAGAAUUUGAAAUGAAGGAAGUAUCUUCUACUGCGAAGCUAGUUCAAAAUUUUAUAACCAAAAGUGAUAAAGGAAGUAAUCAAGUCAAAAUAGCACAACAGCUUAAGAGAAAAAUUUCAGAAAUUGGAGACAAACAAACUAGGGAGAAUUCAAUGGAAGGGAGAAAUAAAACACUUGUAGACAAUGUUAUGAACCGGUCUUUGAGGUCUUCCCAUAACCAAGUGAGGAGUAAUGUUCAACUAGAAGAACAACCAAUUCCUAAGAAGAUGAAAAGCAAGGCAAAGUGUCCAGCAAUGGCUCUUGAUGUCUUUUUGCAUACAAAAGGAGUAGAAGUGGAAAGAGAAGAGAAAGUUGACUUUGAGUCAAUUGGUGAGGAUGCUGGAGCUACUGAAAAAGAACCAGCUAAAUUGACAAACUUAAAAAAUAACUUAAAGCAUCCAGCAAUGACUCUUGAUGCUUUUUUGGGUGACCAAGGGAUUCAUGUGGAAAGAGAAGAGGAACAUACCGAAGUUCCAACUGCUGAGGAUGCUAGAUCUAAGCCAUCCCCGAAUAAUGGAGAAAAGGUUCAUAUCCCAUCUGAGGAAGAUUAUAUUGGUGAACAUGAAAGUGACAAUUUUGAUGUAGAAGGAGAUCAAGUUAUGGAAGAGGCUCAUGUAGAAGAUAUAUCAAAGGCUAAAAAGACUCGUGGAAAAACAAGAUGCCUAAAGAUUUACGCAAGAACUUGGGAAGAAAGGGAAGAAGUGACUUUUGAUCAGGGAGCAGCCGUGGGGCCAACUGCUCAAAGAGUGAAGGAUUUAACUAAUUUUAUUGGAACAAUGGGAAGGAAUAGUGAUUUUAUUACCUUGAUGUACACUAAUUGCAAAGCUGUGCCUAAGCAAAUCAAAAAGCGCAUCUGGAAGUAUAUUAAUUCAAAGUUCAUUCUUCCAAAAUCUUCAAAGUUAUGGGUGAUGACUGGUGUUCAAGAAGCAUGGAAGCGUUACAAAACAAGAAUAAAAAAGAAGCAUUUUGAACCAUAUUCUGGAAAUAUUGAGGAUAUGUUGGUGAAUCGUCCUUUGAAAAUUCCAGAAAUACAAUUUCGGAAGCUAAUUGCAUAUUGGAGUAUUCCAUCUGUCAAAGCCAUGUGUGUUAUAAAUUCUGAAAAUUGCAAGAAGCAACAAUGGAGGCAUAAAAUGGGACCAAUCAAUUUUGCAAGAGUGCGUGUUGAUUUGCGUGAGAAAAAAGAGAACAAAGAGGAACCAAAUCAAGCUGAAAUACAUAUCAUAUAUUUGUGUGUAUAUGAUAAACUUGAUGAUCUCCAAGAAGCUGGAGAAACUCCUACUAAUGCAUUUCAAAAAGUUUUUGGUAAAGAGAAUCCAGGAAGAGUUCAAUGUUAUGGAAGAAUUGUUACAAAAACUUCUCUUAAGAAAAAUAAAGAAAUGGAUGAAAUCAAAAAAAAAAGUGAAGAGAAGGUAACAGCUUUAAAAACUGAAUUAGACUACCAUAAGCAACGACUGCAAGGAUUGGAAGAUAUUGUGAAACUUAUGUUGCAACAAACUUCUCCUGGUAUGAAUGUUGAUGAAGCGCUUUCUCUCUUGCGAUCUAAGCAAUCGUCUGCAAAUAGUACACAAGAUCCAAAUUUAGUUCCUCGGCAUUCUCCUCCAUCGACUCAUAUACCAAGUCAUGAUUAG